AUGGCUGCUGCUACCGCAUCGAUGCUUUCCCGUCUGUCCUUCCCAACAACUGCCCCUGCUCCGCGCUGGGCUACGUUCUAUACCCGAUUCUUCACCUCCCGACUCUUCCCUACACUCUCGGUUGCUGUACCGGGAACAAAUGGCUGGCAAGGCCCUGAAAGAUGUGAACAGCCUAUGCAAAUGCCCUGGCUGUGGAGAGACCAAGAGAACGCACCGACUAUGCCAGAGAUGUCUCGAAGAUAUGAGAAGGAUAUGGCGCGACGACUACCCGACGAACAAACCCUUUUAGGCGGAUCUACGACACCGGAGGCGGUACUGUCAGCCGGUGGAUCAUCAACGCUCCAUGUGCACGACACAACUGACCCUUCAUUCCCUUUGAAGCAGUCCAUCUCUAACGCGCACAAACUCGGUUGCCACCACAUCAGCACAUCAAGAAAUGGAAAGGUCGCAGCAAGUGCAGGCUUCGGAGGAGAAGUGAAACUCUGGGCGUUAAACCAAGACACUGGCGAGUGGUCAAACAGCGGCGAAAUCACUGGACCGGCAGUAAAGCCGGGUGAGGUCUGGGCGGUAGCACUCAGCGAGGAUGGGUCAUAUCUGGCCAGCACAACAAAUGACGGACGUAUCAACGUCUGGGACAUCACAGACGAGAAAAAAGCCAAGCUUCUGGAGUAUGAGACAGGAAGCGCUGGGUCAGGCAGCUUCGGCAUGAGCGUCGAUCUCAGCAGAGAUGGCAAAUACACUGCCAGCGGUCAUCAAAACGGAGCAGUGUACAUUUUCAACAAUGACACGGGGAGAAUCUUGUAUUCUCUAUCAGGGCUCUCGAAACCUGUUCGAGCAGUAGCCUUCUCGCCGGCGAGUUCGAGACUUGCUGCCGCGGGUGACGCAGGAAUCAUUGCCCUGUAUGAUAUGAAGCACGGUGAACAUGUGGGCAAUUUGACCGGCCAUUCUUCAUGGAUUACGACUCUUGAUUGGAGUGAUACGGGUGAAUACUUGCUCAGCGGGUCAAUGGAUGGCAAAGUCAAGGUAUGGUCCAUUGAGCGAAGUGCUUGUGUGGCCACGCAUAGCGAGACAGAUAAAGCAUUGUGGACGGCGCGUUGGCUUCCCAAGACUGGGAAGAGUGAGAUGUUCUGCACGGCCGGUGCGAACAGAAGUCUGUCCUUCUAUCGUGAAGCGACUGGAGCUUAA